AUGUCGGAUCCCGUCAACCUUGCCGGAGUAAUUGGGACCUGGGUGGCCGUCUUCCUCGCCCUAGUGGCUCUGCUCGGCCUCUUACCUGCAUACCUCCUGUACAAGCGGUCACGAUCCGAGAACGCGGCAGCUAUUGCCGCCAUUGACGACCCUCGCCGUACAUUCGUCUCUGGAAUCCACGUCUUUGGUGUCGUCUUGGCACAAAAGUUCAAAAUCCCGGACCUGCGAAGGGCGCCACCACUGUCGGCUUUGGAGACUGCAACCCUUGAUAAUAUACCCAGCGAGAGACUCCUAGGCCCCACGAAGUCCGGAACGGCCUGGAUAGAGUUUGCACAGCUUAUUACCACUGUUUUCCCAGGCUUUGAGCUCGGCGGGAAGAGCCUGCUCUCAUUUGAGCAUGGAGAAGCUCGUCUGCCAGUCCACAAGACGUGGCUGAUUGCCUUGGGCAUCCUCCAUCGUUAUUCUCUACGGCUAGAUCACGGUCUACCGCUCGGCGCAACUGUGGACGCUGCUGCGGAUGGAGGUCUGGUACAGGGAGCAAGGCUCUCGGGUCUAUCUGGGUAUCUUGAUUACCGAGAGGUUCCAUCAAGCGUGUAUCGAUUUGAGGGCAAUUAUGAGAUUUCUUUCGAGAUGCAUCGCUUACCAACUUUACGAGACGCUUUGAUGCGGGACCGUCUUUCGUUCCUGUCACUGGCUCUGCUCUUCAGAGGUUAUGUGAUCAGAGACCAAGGGGUCCUCUUAAAGGGCCGAAUCGCCUCCUGGGUUUCAAGAUCCAGAUCCGGACAGGUCCAGCAAGUCAUCGUCAGGGUCAAGCAGAAGGAGCUCCAUGAGAACUUCUUGAGAGUUCUACCCGGUAUCAACGCUCAAGCCCAGAGAGAAUUCAACCUCGAAAUUGGCCCCGUACCGAAGCAUAUCAGGAAAGAUGCCCAACCAGGAGAGCUUACGGCGUCCGUCUGGCGUCGCCAUGGAUACUGUAGGCUUGGAUAUUGGCAAAAGCAAAGAGAGGAUUUCGAGAUCUGGAUACUCAAGAAAGACGCUUACUACUUUGUGCUUGGCUACCUGGAGCAGGAGUUAAGUCCUUACGGUUUCCUUUUCGAUACACAACAGGACCUCGUUGUCAGGAGGAUGAUGAAGACGAACACUGUUGCGACGCUACUGGAUCUCGCUACACGUUGGUGGCAGAAGCUGCCUGAAGAAGUCUUAACAGAUGCACUGAGAACGAAGAUUCAGACAGGUCUAGAAGAACUGUCACACGACGACCUUCUCGCAGUGCAGUGGAGCCGUCGUGUCAUGCAAGCAAUUGUCUCACUUGAUGAUGCCUUCAGCGCGAUCGCUCAGCAUGAAAGCAGGAAAGCUGGUAGCAGAGGUAUCAUGUGGAAAUCCAUUCGGGCCAUGUACGCAUGCGAUGAGGACUUCCAGCAAAGCAUGGAGCAGUAUUUGAACGGACUGCCUCUUGAAGUCGGAGAAGAUUCCCAGGCCAGCAUUUCCUUUCACGUAGGAGGCGGUACCAUCAACGUUCCUGUGGGGGAUGGAGCUCAGUUUCCCUUUGAUUUCGACCACCUCUUCCCUGACACGAUGAAGAGCCAAGAGCCAUCUGGAGGCGUCACUUCCAUCGCACCAGCCAUCGUGGUCCUUGCCUGCCUCCAGGGGCAGCUUCGGGCGGUCGCAUGGAAAAUGUCUUUCAGUCCCGGCCCUUUAAAGAAGUUGGACAACAAAAUCAGGGACAUCUGUUAUGUUUCCAUGCAUAAAUUCCACUGGUCGUCAUCCCGGUCUCCCUCACGCCGGAGAAGGAGUGGUAGUUCCGGCUCAUGGCGAACGCACGAUGUUAGAACCGAGGCUGAACGUCGCCCUAGCUGGGACUCUAGCCGGCAUGUUUCAGUCCGCAGUGUCAGUAUCUCUUCACCUCGGUCGGUCGACACAACCCAGAGCGGACACCUGGAAACACAAAGCCGGGAAAGUGGAUCUGAAGGAUAA